AUGACCUUGCUCACCUUUGACAUAGUCGUGAUCCCGCUGCGCUUCUUCGACCCACCGGAGACCCUCGUCCUGGUGAUCAUGUCCUGGGUGACACAGCUAUUCUGGAACUUGGACAUCCUCGUCUCCUUCAUUACCGGCUACUACCACAAGGGCAUCCUUGUGCUCGACCUCAGACGCAUCGCCAAGCACUAUGCCACCACGUGGUUUCCUUUCGACGCCACCGUCGUGGGAAUCGAUUGGCUUCUUUAUGGCCUAGAGGGGCGGAAUCAAACCGCUGGCGUGGCCCGUCUUUCGAAGACGGUGCGAAUCCUUCGAUUCUUGCGCCUGGUCCGCCUUGCCAGGCUCGCGAAGGUCAGUACCAUGGUGGAAGCUCUCCAGGAGCAGAUCAACUCACAAGUGGCAACCAUCCACUACAGCAUCUUCAAGAUCAUCGGCCGGAUGAUGCUGCUGAAUCACGUGAUCGCUUGCUCCUGGUGGGGCAUCGCGCAGCUGGACGAGGGCCAGCCAAACUGGAUUACCGAGAACCAGCUGGAGGGCCGCUCCAUCGAAUAUCAGUACAGCACUGCGCUGCAUUGGUCUUUAACCCAGCUUGGCGUGGGGCAGACGAACAUCGAGGCAGUCAACUUUGCCGAGCGACUGUUCUCCAUCUUCAUCACUUUCUGCGCUUUGAUCACCUUCUCCACGCUGGUGAGCUCGGUCACGUCUCUGAUGGCCAGUCUCCAGCGCCUCAAGAACGAGGAGAUCGAACAGUUCCGGUCUCUUCGGCGCUUCCUCGUGCAGAACGAGAUUCCCGCGGAUCUGGGGCAUCGCGUUACGCGCUUCCUGCAGUAUACCUAUGCUUUGAGGCACGAGGCGCUGAGCCUGGAUGUUCACCUGCCCAUCCUCAACCUGUUGUCCAAGCCCUUGCAAGCGGAACUCCAGCUGGCUAGAUACCGGGAGUGUCUGCGC